AUGGCAGCGAACCAAACCGAACAGAUGACUGCCCAGUGCAAUUACUGCAAGGAGCAGUUCGAUACUGCACUCAUUCUAAAACAUCACAUCCGGCAAGCCCAUCCCAAGUGUAACGACUGUAAGGCCAAGUUCCUCACCGGCGCCAAGCUUCUGCCACAUCAGCGUAGUUCAGGACACCUUCACUGCGCAGACUGUGACGUCAACUUCAAAUCGACCAUUCAGCAUCUUCUGCAUCAUCAUCAGAGUCACAGUGUUGCCACAGAAGGCGCUUACAUCUGUGGAAGCUGCGGACGAGACUACAUGUACGAGCGCCUGUUAACCGCCCAUUGUUGCAAAUGCGAUAAGCCUUUCAAAACCCGCAAGACCCGGGGAUAUCAUUUGAAAAAGUCGUCGGCGCACCGAUUUGAUGAGCAAAAUCGUGAAGAGAACGGCGACGAGAACGGACAUGGGGAGCCUAUUGACAUGGGUCAUGGUCAAGGUCGGAAUCAGAAAGGCGAAGAGGAAAUUGGAGAAGCUGAUGGAAAUCACAUGGAAUGCCCUGAAUGCCCAGAACGGUUUGAUACGGCCCGUGACCGAUUCAUUCAUUUCUUGAAUCAUCACACCUUCGACUGA